AUCUUUUCUCUCACUUUGUGGUCUUCACUCUCUGAGCUCCUGUCUCACAUUAACUGUUCACCCUCAGUGUCUCCUCAGAUGUUCUCUCUGUGAGCUCUCAGCUUUCUCUUUAAAUCUCCUCCUCCUCCUCCUCACUGAGCACAGACAAACUUUCACUUUCAUUUCUUCACAAGUCACUUCCUUGUUUGUCUGACUGAUUCUCUCUGCCUGCCUCUCCUCAGACUGACGAUGGCUGAAGCCCAGCUGUUUGUAUCACAGGACGAGUUCACCUGCUCGGUGUGUCUGGACACCAUGACUGACCCCGUCACCACACCCUGUGGACAUAAUUUCUGUCUGAAGUGCCUCACGGACUAUUGGGAUCAGAGCCAAGUGUGCAGCUGUCCUCAGUGCAGACACACCUUCAUGCAGAGGCCUGAACUGAAGAGAAACAAUCUGCUGAAUGAAGUCAUCAGGACAUUAAAGAAGACGACACUCAGUCCUCCUCCUCCUCCUCCUCCAUCUAAGAAUUAUGCUGGACCUGGAGACGUGGAGUGUGACUUCUGUACUGGGAAGAAGUUCAGAGCGGUGAAGUCCUGUCUCACCUGCAUGGCAUCCUACUGUCAGUUUCACCUGAAGCCUCACUAUGAAGGAGACGCCCUGAAGCACCACAAGCUUGUUGAUCCUGAUAGAAAUCUGAAGGAGAAACUCUGUGAGAAACAUCACAAACAUCUGGAAAUAUUUUGUAAAACUGAUGAGAUGUGUAUCUGCAUGAUGUGUGUGGUGACUGGACAUAAAAAUCAUGAAAUGGUCAAGCUGGAGACAGAAAGAGAAAAUAAAGAGAAACAGCUGCAGACAACACGGAGUGAAAUUAGGAGGAGACUUGAAGAGAAAGAGAAGAAACUGAGGGAGACGAGGAAGACAGUGGAGGAGAUGAAGCUUUCUGUGGGAAGAGUGAUGGGGGAACAUGAGAAGAGCUUCAUUGAUCUGAUUCACUGCAUUGAGGAAACCUACAAGAACCUGACAGGGAAAAUCAGAGAACAAGAAAAGAGAGAAAUGGAGAAAGCUGAAGGAGUCAUGGAGCAACUGGAGAAGGAGAUUGAGGAGCUGAAGAGGAGAGAAGCUGAGCUGAAGGAGCUUUCAGAGACCAAGGACCACAUCCACUUCCUGCAGAGUUUCUCAUCUCACUGUGUCCUUCCUGCUGAUGGAGACUCGCUCAGCUUCCCAGUCGCGGCUGACUUUUCUUCUGAGGACCUGCUAAAGGAGCUGUCAGGUCUGAAAAAGAGUCUGGAGAAGAUCAGCCAGUGGGACAUCCUGACAUGGACUCCAUUAGGUCAUGAAGCUCCAAUCUUCACCUUACGGCCUCCUGAACCUCAGAGCAGAGAGGAGUUUUUACAAUACUUCUGUCCCCUCACACUGGACAUCAACACAGCAAACAGAUUCCUCCGUCUCUCUGAACGGAACAAGAAGGUGACACAUGAGGGGACAAAAGCCGAAUAUCCUGAUCAUCCUGACAGAUUUGACUGCUGUGUCCAAGUUCUGUGCAGAGAGGCUCUGACUGGGACUCGCUGUUAUUGGGAGGUGGAGUGCAGUGAACGCUUCAUGAAGAUUGGAGUCGCAUAUAAAGGACUGGACAGGAAAGGAGAGGGCAGUGAGUGCGGCCUUGGAUACAACGACAAGUCCUGGAGUUUGGUGUGGUCUCUUUCCCAGUACUCUGUGCGUCACAAUAAGAAGGAGAUUGUAAUCAGCGCCCCCUUCAGCCCCAGAAUAGGUGUGUAUCUUGACUGGCCUGCUGGCUCUCUGUCAUUUUAUAGGGUCUCACACACAAUGACCCUCCUGCACAGGUUCAACAUCUCCUUCACUGAGCCCCUCUAUCCAGGGUUUGGGUUUGGUCUUCACUGCAGUGUAACAAUCAGCCAUCUGACACCAUGUGACCACUGACCAGUACCCUCCACCGGUCACUUGAUGUCCCAACAAGCUCUAGUCCUCUUUGUGUUUGUAGUUUGGGGUGAAAUUUAAUUUAUAGGAUGGGUGGGUUGGGGGGGGCAGCACCUCUGUGAUUGAAUAUGUGGAUGAGAAUGUGGGGCGAGUGCGGCUGUCAGAGUCUCCAUUAUUAUUGGGUUUGAGUAGCCAAUCAGGUGUGUGUGUCAUAAUGAGGGGCGGUGACACCUCAGACCUACAAAUACCAGUCUGACCAGCAGGGGUCACUGUUGAUUCACAGCCACAUGUCCUUCAGGCUGACACC